CCACCACCACCAUGUCGUCGACAGACGGGCUCACGCCGGCGCAGGCGCGGCUCGCGGCGCUGAACCGUCUCAAGGCGAAGAACAAGCUCGCGGGCGCCAGUGCGCCGGCAGCAGCGAGCGGGAGCGGCGCGCACCCCUACGUCCACAAGCCGGCGACAGUUCCUUCCUCGGCGCGAGACAUGGUGCAGGAGCAGCAGCAGAAGGAGCCGGCGGCUCCCCUGCCCAGAGACUCCCGCCUGGGCAAGUACUUUGAGUACGACCUCAGCAAGCUGCACAACUCGCGCGGUGGUUUCCUUACCGUCGACGACCUCGAAGGGGACAGGAUCAAGAGUGUCGUUGAGCUCGCGCGGGAAAAGCAGCGCGAGAAGCAGCUCAUACGCGAGGGCGAGGAGCCAGCCAUCUUUCCAGACUCGUCGCCGCGCUGCAGCGAGUGCAACUCGCUCGAGAUCGACCACCAGUUCCUCAAGGUGUUUGACGUCAAGGUGUGCAACAAGUGCAAGAAGGAGAAGCCGGAAAAGUACUCGCUGUUGACAAAGACGGAGUGCAAGGAGGACUACCUCCUCACCGACCCAGAGCUGAGAGAUACGGACCUCCUCCCACACCUGCUCAAGCCGAACCCACACGCUGCAUCGUACUCGAACAUGAUGCUCUUCCUCCGCUUCCAGGUCGAGGAGGUGGCGUGGAAGAAGUGGGGAGGGGAGGAGGGGCUCGACGCCGAGUGGGCGCGUCGGGAGGACAUGAAGAAGCGCAAGCGCGAAGAGAAGUUUGAGUCUGGCCUGCGCGACCUCCGCAAACGCACACGAAACAACCUGUUCCAGCGCCAGCAGGAGGCCCAGCACGUUCACGAGUUUGUCGACGCCGACGAGGUGCUCGACGAAAACGGCGACAUCAAGCAGGUGCAGGUCUACCUCGUCAACGCAGGCGUCGCGCUCGCUGCCUUCGGCGCCGUGCUCGUCCUGGCCUCUGCGGCGCGGCGCAAGCUCCAGCCAGCCGAACAGAAGACGACGGCGGCCGGCCUCGUCCCGCCCCACGGCGACAACCUCGCGCGCCUCGAGGCCAACGUGCUCGUCGAGUCGCUCGCGUCCGACACCCUCCCAGCCGACAAGGACGCUGCACCCCUCCCGCUGCGCGAGGCCGAGAAGACGAUCGACGGCUUCCGGACCACUACCCCGCAGGCGGCGAGGCGGUGGGACGUGGCGUACCGAUACAUCGCGGUGCUUGGCGCCGCGGCUUGGCUCGCCGCCUCGGUUGCAGUCUUCGUCCUCGGCGCCGGUGAUUGGCGCCCGCUCGUCUUCCCUGCCUUUACUUUCGCCAUCGCCUUCCUCCCCUCCGCGCCCGUGGUCCCCCUCGUCACCCUCCACAUCGUCCCCGCCGCGCUCCUGUUCCGCUCGCUCGCGAUUGCGCCGUACACCGAGUGGACGCCCCUCGCCCCCGCCAUCGUCGAAAUCGUCUACUGGUCCGCCCUCGUCAGCGUCCCGUACAAUGAUCGCCUGGACCGCCUGCUCGCCGGCGCGGUGAGCCACGGCGGUGGCAGCUCGGGUGCGGCGCCUACCGUCCCCAAGCAUCUCGAGGAGCCGACGUCCGCAUUCUCCCGCGCCACAUACACGUUCAUCCUCCCCUUCCUUUGGAAGCACUACUGGAAGCCCGUGGUGCUGGACGACAUCCCUGCUAUCCGUGAGGAUGACGGCGCGGCCGCAAGCCUCGGCGCCUUCCGGGCCUUCCAGGCGCGCCGCGACACGGUCUACGCCGAGAAGCACGACGGUCAGAAGCGGACGAGGAACCUCGGCAUCGAGCUUAUCCUGUUCUUCUCUCCCGAGCUGGCAAAGCAAGCCAUCUACUCUGUCAUCUUCUGCUUCAUGUUCUACCUCCCUCCCGUGGGCCUCCGCCUCCUCCUCAAGUUUAUCGAGGAGCGCAGAACCUCGCCCCAGCCCAACCACGUCGCGUGGCUGUACAUCCUCAUGAUGGCCAGCGGGCAGGGCCUCGGAGUAACGGCCAUGGGCCAGUGUCUCAUGCUCGGUCGCCGUGUGUGUGUGCGCAUGCGCGCCAUCAUCAUCGCCGAGGUGUUUGCCAAGGCCCUGCGUCGUCAGGACACGGCCGGAUCAGUCAAGAAGACCAAGAAGGCCACCGCGGGCAAGGACGGCAAGACGGAGCAGGGUGCCGCCGUCGAGGAGGAGGCCUCUGGCUCAACAGACGGUCAGAUCGCCAACCUCGUCGCCGUCGACGCGUUCUCCAUCUCCGAAGUCUGCGCCUACAUCUUCUACCUCGUCUCCGGGCCCGUGUCCCUGGUCAUCAACAUCGUCAUGCUCUACCAGACGCUCGGUGUCGCCUCGCUCGCUGGUGUGGCCAUGCUCCUGGUGUUGAUGCCCUUCCAGGCCUUGAUGGGCAAGCUGUUCACAAUCUUCCAGAGACGUCUCCUCUCCGCCACUGAUCGCCGCCUCGAUGCAGUCACCGAGGUCAUGUCCCACAUCAAGCUCAUCAAGUUCAACGCCUGGGAGAGCAAGUUCUUCGACCGCAUGGCUGUUGCGCGCAAGCACGAGUUGUUCGUUCUCGGCCAGCGCUUUGCCCUCAUCGUCCUGCAGAACACCUUUGUCUGGGGUACUCCUGUUCUCGUGGCGGGCAGCGCCUUUGCCGUUCACGUUCUCGUGCUCGGCAAGCAGCUGGAUGCCCAGGCAUUCGCAGCCCUUGUCCUCUUCAACAUGCUUCGCGACCCAGUUGUGCUCAUCCAGGACACUGUCACUCGCCUCCUCCAGUCCUACACCUCGUGCACUCGUAUCCAGACGUUCCUCGACGAGCCUGACACUCUCAAGUACUCUCAGCUCUCCGUCCCCGGCCCCUCGGACCCGUCAAUCGGCUUCACCGAUGCCAUCUUCGUGUACCCUGGUUCUGAGGAACAGGAGGUGGGAGCAGACGACGACGCGACUGUCAGCCAGCCCUUCCACCUCGGUGAGCUCGACCUCUCCUUCCCCGUUGGCCAGCUCAGUCUCGUCACUGGCCCCGUUGGCUCCGGCAAGACGACCUUGAUCCUCUCACUCCUCGGCGAGACCACUCUCCUCAAGGGCAAGUUCUUCAUGCCUGACGACAAGGCCAACCGUGAGCUCUGCGCUGUCGACCCGGCAACCGGCCUCAGUGACACAGUCGCGUACUGUGCCCAAACCCCCUGGCUGGUCGGCGCGUCCAUCCGCGAGAACAUUGUCUUUGGCACCGCCUACGACGAGGCUCGCUACAAGGCUGUCGUUCACGCCUGUGCCCUGGAGCGCGACUUUGAGAUCUUCGACCUUGGCGACGCAACAGAAGUCGGUGAGAAGGGCACCACCUGCAGCGGCGGACAGAAGGCUCGUAUCGCCCUCGCACGCGCCGUCUACUCGUCAGCCAAGACCGUCAUCCUCGACGACGUCAUCUCGGCAGUGGACGCCCAGACCGCUCGCCACAUUUAUGUCCAUGUUCUCCAGGGCCCGCUGAUGCAGGGCCGCACCUGCAUCCUCGUCACGCACGCUGUCAGUCUCGUUGUUCCUGCCGCUGCCUUUGUGGUUCAGCUCGACGACGGCCACGUCACAGCCAGCGGUACGCCAGCCGAGCUGGUCGCUUCGGGAAGCCUCACCAUCGCCGAGGAGCUUCACACGCCCCCUCCAGAGGAGGUCAAGGCUGUCAUUGAAGCCUCGGCAGACGAUGAGACCAUUGUCGCGGAGCCGGGAGAGGACACCAUCGAGGAGGAGCUGGACGGUCUUGAGCAUGACGCCUUGAUCGCGAAGAAGGCUGCUGAUGCGGCCAAGGCCGCAACCAUCGACAACUCGGGCAAGCAGCUAGUCCAGAGCGAGACGUCAACCCAAGGCGCUGUCAACUUUGGCAACUACGAGCUGUACUUCCGCGCCAUGGGUAGCGCUUCAUUCUGGAUCGUCCUGCCCAUCCUCUACGUCGGUACUCAGGCGCUUCAGGUCAUCACCAACGCCUGGAUCCGCGACUGGGCGACGGCGAGCGAGGCUGGCAAGCAAGCGGGCCUAAUGGCCUACAUCUCCGUGGGCCGCUCUGCGACAUCCUACCUGCUUGUCUAUGUCGCCCUCUCCGGUCUGUACCUCCUGGGUGUCGCAUCGCGCACUGGCCUCACGUUUGUCGGAUCCCUUCACGCCAGUGACAGGCUGUACAAGCGUCUCCUACGCCGCAUCCUCGGCGCCAAGAUGAGAUUCUUCGAUUCGACACCGUCGGGCCGCAUCCUGAACCGUCUGAGCAAGGAUAUUGCGUCCAUCGACCAGGAGGCUGCCGAAGUCCUGGCCAUCUUUGUCAACUGCGUCCUCAUCUGUGCUGCCGUCGUCGUCGUCAUCGUCUACACGACGCCCGCAUUCGUCUUCUCGCUCGCCGUCAUCCUGGUCCUCUACUGGUUUGUCGGCACCCUGUACGUGACAACCAGCCGCGAAAUCAAGCGUUACGACAGCACAACCAGGUCGCCCAUCUUUGUGUCCUUCUCCGAGGCGCUCGUCGGCAUGAGUACCAUCCGCUCGUACGGCGACUCGGCCCGCUUCACCCGCAAGCUGAUCUCGGAGAUCGACGCCAACACGCGCUGCUUCUGGUACCUCUGGCAGUGUAACCGUGUCCUCAACAACCUCAGCAACUUUGUUGGCAUGCUUGUCACCAUCUCUGCCUCGGCCCUCGCCAUUUACACUCCUGGUGUGGACGCCGGAGCUGUCGGCUUCUCCGUCAUGUAUGCGCUGUCAUUCACCGAGACGGUUCUCUGGGUCGUCCGCCUCUAUGCGGCCGCAGAGAUGUCGAUGAACAGUGUCGAGCGUGUGGCGGAGUACCUCGACCUGGACGUCGAAGAGGAGCCAGACAAAAAGGGAGAGGAGCCCCCUGCUUACUGGCCGUCUCGCGACAGCUCUGUUGUCGUCGAAAAGCUCACCUGCAAGUACGCACCGCAGCUCGACCCUGUUCUUCGCGAGGUUUCCUUCACAAUUGGGCCCAAGGAGAAGAUUGGCAUCUGCGGUCGUACCGGCUCGGGCAAGAGCACACUUGCCCUCUCAUUCUUCCGCUUCCUUCACCAAGAGAGCGGUCGCAUCAUCAUUGACGGGCUGGACAUCAGCAAGCUGUCGCUCUCCACCCUCCGCUCGCGCCUCACCAUCCUUCCCCAGGAAGCCCAGCUCUUCUCUGGUAGCAUCCGGGACAACAUGGAUCCCUUUGGCCAGCACGAGGACUACGAGGUGUGGGAGGCGCUGCGCCAAUGUGGCCUGGCAGGUAGAACGCCGGGGCCUUCCCAGGCUGCCAGCCGUGCCGCGAGCCGGGCUGCGAGUCGGGCCGUCAGCAGGGCGGCCUCGACUGUCGACCUCGAGGCGGCCAGCGACGUGGGAUCAGAUGCUGUCGAGGAGAGAGUAAUGAUCCGCAGCCUUGAUGAGCAGGUUGCUGUCGGAGGCAAGAACUUCAGAUUGCUCAAGCUUCGCACGUCGUCAUUCUUGAUCAUGGAUGAGUCGACUGCCAACUUGGAUCAUGCGACCGACACGACGAUUCAAAAUGUGCUGCGAACUGGUCUUGCCGACACCCAGAUGCUUGUGAUUGCCCACCGUCUCAUGACCGUGGGUGGACUUGACAAGUAG